AUGAAGCCUGGGAAAUCAUCACGUCCAAAGGAUUUACUUGGAGUAAAAGAUCACUGACUUCUACAAUGGAAAAGUCAUGGAUGCUUUGGACCUUUUUUAAAAGAUGGCUACUAGCUUUGGCUUCCUGGUCUUGGAGUCUCUGCCGUAUUUGUCUUUUACCCUUGAUAGUAACUUUUCACUUGUACGGCGGCAUUAUACUACUUAUAUUAAUAUUUGUAUCAAUAGCAGGCAUAUUAUAUAAAUUCCAGGAUGUGCUGCUUUACUUUCCUGAACAGCCCUCUUCAUCACGCCUUUAUGUUCCUAUGCCUACUGGUAUACCACAUGAAAAUAUCUUCAUCAAAACCAAAGAUGGAGUUCUCCUCAAUCUUAUUCUGCUGAGAUACACAGGGGACAAUGCAGCAUAUUCUCCAACCAUCAUUUACUUCCAUGGGAAUGCAGGCAACAUUGGCCACAGGUUGCCAAAUGCUUUGUUAAUGCUGGUAAACCUGAAAGUAAACUUAAUUCUUGUUGAUUAUAGAGGUUAUGGAAAAAGUGAAGGAGAAGCGAGUGAAGAAGGUUUGUACUUAGAUUCUGAGGCUGUGUUAGACUAUGUGAUGACUCGGUCUGAUCUUGAUAAAACAAAAAUUUUUCUUUUUGGCCGUUCCUUGGGGGGAGCAGUAGCUAUUCACUUAGCUUCUGAAAAUUCCCAUAGGAUUUCUGCCAUCGUGGUGGAGAACACUUUUCUUAGCAUCCCAUACAUGGCCAGCACUUUGUUUUCUUUCUUUCCAAUGAGAUACCUUCCUUUAUGGUGCUACAAAAAUAAAUUUCUAUCCUACAGAAAAAUCUCUCAGUGCAGAAUGCCUUCUCUCUUCAUCUCUGGGUUGUCUGACCAGUUAAUUCCACCAGUUAUGAUGAAGCAACUUUAUGAAUUAUCCCCAGCUCGGACUAAGAGAUUGGCGAUAUUUCCUGAUGGAACUCAUAAUGACACUUGGCAGUGCCAGGGUUAUUUCACUGCACUUGAACAGUUCAUCAAAGAAGUAAUAAAGAGUCACUCCCCUGAAGAAAUGGCGAAAACAUCAUCUAACGUAACAAUAAUAUAAUUGAUGUUCUUCUUUGGGGUGGGGGGAGUACCUGCACUGUACCUUGAUUUGUGAAAAGUGGUAAAAGAAUGUCCAUUUUUUUAAAUGUAUGUCAUGUCUGUACUUGCCUAAAGAGUGAAAUUAAACUUGGAGAGGUCUGAUGCUUUAUUAAGAUGUUCCAGAUAACUUUUACAUUUGCAGCAUUGUAAAUGAACCAUUUUAUGUCUUUCUCGUACUUUUUUGGUAUCUCUGUCCAUAUAUGCAUUUGUUUGAUAUGUACAACGGAUGCUAUUAAAGGAACUUGCUACAAAAGUAGUACAGAAUGUAUUAGUUUAGAAAAACGGGAGGCUCUUCAGUAUUCACUGCUGUAUGUGUGAGCUUUUUGGACAGUCAUGGUUAGCACAAUGAUUUGUUGUUUCUCUUAGGGUUUAUUUAAAGUGUGCCAUGCAUGAGAUUAGUGUUUUAUUCCUUGAAAUUUUAUAUUAUGCAAGGUGGGAAGUCUUUAAUGUGCUAAAUAAUAUAAAAUAACAUUAAUGGUAGAGUAUACUUGCAGGUAUACUAUCCUGGGUUAUUACUGUUUUUUAUGGUUAUGCAUUCAUCUAUUUCAAACUGCAAC